ACAUCACACCUGUGUUAAAUCUGCCAUUCAGUGGCCGUCGCUCCCCAAAUCCAUUUGGAGGAAGCCCAAAGAGAUAGGAGAGCUCGACUUCCGCUCCCGAGACGGUCAUCCCUGCUUUCCCCGAGGUGUGAUUUCUCUUUUCCGCUACCAGGGUUGUUCUUGUUGAGCAGCGGCGGAGAGCGAGUUCUUCAGGGAAAGGUACCCUGGGAGGGCCGGGCGCCCGCCUGGUUAAACUUAGGCCAGCUCGAGCGUGAGUCGAAGCAAAACACUCAUCUGGUUCGAUUGAACCAGGUAUCUGUCGCAGAAACCACCACCCGCCUGUGCCCUAACGUCGAAGUCCUUUCCCCCACUGCGUUCCUCGCGGCGGCGGAGUUCCUCCCACCGGCGAACGACGGCGGCAGCGGCGGCGGCUUCUUCCCCUCCCUCCAGCCUGGUGGAUUACGAAGAAUCAAGUUGCCAUGCAUAAAGACAGUGGCUCCAGUGACACUCCAAAUUAUUUGGGACGAAUUCGACAUCGUAAACGCCCUAGUGAGGUUUCUGCAGAUGCAAAUAAAGCAAAUGGAUCAAAAUUGCUUGUUAAUGACCGCAAUAAAUACAAAUCAAUGCUUAUUCGUACUUAUUCAUCAGUGUGGAUGAUAGGGGGCUUCACUUUUAUAAUCUAUAUGGGCCAUCUCUAUAUAUGGGCGUUGAUCGUCGUCAUCCAAAUUUUUAUGGCCAAGGAGCUUUUUAAUCUACUCAGAAGAGCCAAUGAAGAAAGACAGCUUCCAGGGUUUAGGCUGUUAAAUUGGCAUUUUUUCUUCACUGCAGUGUUGUUUACUUACGGGCGCUUUCUUAGCCGGCAGCUUGUCAACACUGUGACUUCAGAUAAAUUGUUGUAUCAGCUUGUUAGCGGCCUUAUUAAAUAUCAGAUGUUUAUUUGCUAUUUCCUGUAUAUUGCAGGUUUUGUGUGGUUUAUUCUUACACUUAAGAAGAAGAUGUAUAAGUAUCAGUUCAGCCAAUAUGCGUGGACACACAUGAUUCUUCUAAUGGUAUUUGUGCAAUCUGCUUUCACCGUCGCAAACAUAUUCGAGGGUAUAUUUUGGUUUCUCUUACCAGCAUCACUUAUUAUUAUCAAUGACAUUGCUGCAUAUUUUUUUGGGUUCUUUUUUGGGAGAACACCAUUGAUCAAACUAUCUCCAAAGAAAACUUGGGAGGGUUUUAUUGGGGCAUCAAUCACGACAUUGAUCUCUGCCUUCAUGUUAGCAAAUAUAAUGGGCCAGUUCCAAUGGCUUACAUGUCCUAGAAAGGACUUAUCAACUGGAUGGCUGCAUUGUGAUCCUGGCACGUUGUUUAAACCAGAAUAUUUUUCAGUACCUAGAUGCAUGCAUCAGUGGUUUCCUUGGAAAGAAGUAGCAAUUUUGCCUGUGCAGUGGCAUGCUUUAGCUCUUGGUCUGUUUGCAUCAAUCAUAGCACCAUUUGGAGGAUUCUUUGCAAGUGGUUUUAAACGUGCCUUCAAACUUAAGGACUUCGGUGACAGCAUUCCUGGACAUGGUGGAAUUACUGACAGAAUGGAUUGCCAAAUGGUCAUGGCCGUUUUUGCAUACAUAUACCAUCAAUCAUUUGUCAUGCCUCAAAGUUUGUCAGUUGAGAUGAUUUUGGAGCAGAUAUUAAGGAACCUUACCUUUGAGGAGCAACAGUUUCUAUAUGAGCAACUUGGGAAUAUCUUUCAAGCCAGGCAACUGUUGCAAGCCUAGUUUCUUCGUGAUGGCCAGACUCCAGAAUCAUUAUAUAUUUGGCACCAUCUUAUGAUACACCAUUGAAUGGAUGGAACUCGUGAAACUGUUGAUCUUUGAAACUGCUUGUAAAUAGUUUUUGCACCAUAUUAGCUUGCAGCAUGACUGCAACUGGAUCAGGUCCAGCACCACGGAAACAUACUAUAUCUUCUUGCAUGUGUUUGUCCAGGUUGGAGUAAGCUGGUGUCAUGCAUCUAUAUAAAGUUGAGGAUUAGAUGUACUGAGAAUCAUUGAUCUAGAAUCUCAUACAUUGAAGUAUAUUUUGGUAAUGCACUGAAAUGAUUAGAAAACAAUGAGGAUUGAAUGCUAAAACGUCAUUUUCUGGAGGA